GUCAUUGUAUGUGAAAUGUCAUGUAUGAAAUGUGUCAUUUCUUCUGACGUUUCCCUCUCUAACUUUAGAAAUUUACAUUUUGCCGGUUAAAGUGGUCGGUUAAUCAACAUAAUUGAAUACAAGCGUAUAACCAUGACAGGAGUCAAUUUAUUUUUGUUAAUUGUUUUGCUGGUGAAGAGCGUAAUCUGCUUGGAACGUGAGAUGACAGUGAACAUUGAGGCUAGGAGAGAAGACUGCUUUUUUCAAUCGGCCAAAGCAGGAGACACCAUUGAUUUUGAGUACCAAGUGAUCGAUGGGGGCCACGGUGAUUUAGACAUCACAUUUCACCUUGUGGACCCGACUGGUAGGAUCCUGGUAGCUGAUUACAAGAAGACUGAGAACAAUCAUCGAGUCGAUGCUGGGAUGAACGGAGACUACAAAUUUUGUUUCGAUAAUUCGUUUAGUUCCUACAACACUAAAACAGUGUUUUUUGAAAUGAUUGUCGAAGGUGAUGAUAAUUCGGAAUGGGACGACGAAAAUAUCGAUAUGCAGGGGCUUAGAGCCGAAGAUGUGUAUGAAAUGAAGGUUCAAGAUAUUCAGCAAGUUAUUACUAACGUCAGAAACCAUUUAAAUAAAGUGAGGCAUAUUCAGGAUUUGUUGAAAUCAAUUGAGGCAAGAGACAGGAACGUAGUGGAGGAGAAUUUUUUUAAAGUUAACACGUUUUCAAUGGUACAGAUUUGUACAAUGCUUGUGGUUGGAUGCAUCCAAGUUGUGAUGGUUAGAAGCUUGUUUGACGAUAAUUCUAAAGUGCACAAGAUAUGGAAAAAUUUAAACAGAAGAUAGUGAUUUGUGUUUGCUAUAGAUAAACUGAUAUUGUACGUGAUUUUAAACAAUAUCCAGUGCAGUGAUUAAUAAAUGGUAUUUUUGAGGAAAAAAAUUAAACCAAAGUUGAUUUUGUAGUGCCAUGAUAAGUAUGUGCUAGUCAGGUUUUUAUUAUCACAAAGCAAUAAAAUCUUUUACUUCUUUAUUUAUUACUGCGACUGUUUCACAAUACAUGCUAAAAAUGUAUUGACUCCACAAUGGAUUGAACAAUAAAAAUUGAUUACAUUUCUUAA